AUGGCAACCCCUAUGUCGGAUAUCUCCGCAGAGCCCUCUACCAUCUCACUGGAGGGGGUGAACGAUGCGCGCCCCCAGGCGAGCAGAGUUGGGUCUUCUGCAUCCUAUGAUAGCACUGGGAGGCACCGACGACGAAACCCAAGAGCAAGGCGUCCGGUGAAGGAAACACUGGACGCCCGCUCCGAGUAUUACACGAGCCAAGACGACGGUACUGCGGAACAUCGCAUCAACCAAUACGUGAUCAAACAGGAGAUCGGACGUGGAUCGUUUGGGGCUGUCCAUCUGGCUGCAGAUCAGUUUGGCAAUGAAUACGCAGUCAAAGAAUUCUCCAAGUCUAGACUAAGGAAACGUGCGCAGUCGCAUCUGCUGCGAAGACCGCGAGGUCCGAUUCGACCAGGGACGGAGUUCAACUCGCCAUUACAUCGACAUCCUUCCGGUGACGAUAAGGAGCUCGGAGAGAAUCCUUUAUAUCUGAUCAAGGAGGAAAUUGCUAUCAUGAAGAAACUGCACCACAACAAUCUGGUGUCAUUGAUCGAAGUCUUGGACGAUCCGACAGAGGACUCGUUGUAUAUGGUGAUGGAAAUGUGCAAGAAGGGUGUCGUCAUGAAGGUCGGGCUGGAAGAGAGAGCAGACCCAUACGACGAUGAGCAAUGUCGAUGUUGGUUCCGUGAUCUGAUCUUGGGAAUCGAGUAUCUGCAUUCGCAGGGCAUUGUCCAUCGAGAUAUAAAACCAGACAACUGUCUGGUCACCAACGACGAUAUGCUGAAAGUGGUUGACUUUGGUGUAUCCGAGAUGUUUGAAAAAGAUUCAAACAUGUUCACUGGCAAGUCAGCUGGGUCACCAGCAUUUCUCCCACCAGAGCUGUGCGUGGUCAAACAUGGCGAUGUAUCCGGACGGGCGACGGAUAUCUGGUCGAUGGGAGUAACGCUAUAUUGUCUGCGAUAUGGAAAGCUGCCAUUUGAGAAGCAGAGCAUCUUCGAGCUGUAUGAUAGUAUCAGGGGAGAUCCCGUGGACUACGAAGAAGAAUCAGAUGAAGAAUUCAAAGAUCUGAUGCAACGGAUUCUCGAGAAAGAUCCAGAGAAGCGGAUCGACAUGUUUGGUUUACGAGAGCAUCCCUGGGUAACGAAGGAUGGGACGGAUCCUUUGCUGUCAUUUGAAGAGAACACAUCGCAGCCCAUCGAGCCACCGACAGAGGAGGAAAUGAACUCGGCUAUUACAACAAACAUGGGAAAUCUUAUGACCGUGGUGAAAGCGGUCAAAAGAUUCAAGCGACUAACAGAUCCGACCAAACCACAAUCCCCCAUUGAAAGUACGUUCGGUAAGAGCAUUCUAGGCGGCGAUCACGAUGCCUACUUUGUCGAGCCACCAAUGGAAAUGGACCCAGACGAACCCUUCCCGGCCGUGGGAGCGGCUCCACAAACACAUGAUGGCCAUGACUUCAGUGCAGGAGUACGCAAAUACUUCGGCCGGCGACCUUUUGCCGGACUCCGAGACGAUUCCGGAGGUUUCGGGUCUAGCGAUUCGGCCAGUUUUUCAUCCCGGCCGGAGUACAGCCCGAACAGCAGCAAAAGACCCAGCGGCGUGUUCGAGCCCGAGCGAAAAGACUCCGGCUCGAUCCGCAGUUGGGGAUCGGCUCAACCGGAUAUCGGUCACGAAGCCCUGCCCCACUCUCAAUCGGGAUCACCCCAUAUCCCUCUUUCGCGAGCAAGCUCGGGUAGAACUAAGCGCAGCUUAGAGGGGACGAGAGGGCAUGCCCGUGACCCACUUGAGGAGGAAUUUCCCUACCUCUUCAUUGGGCCAUCUACAUACACCGGCUCCUCGCAGCCGGAAGCGGUUGGUACGGAAAUUAGUGGCGAUCCGGGGUCCAUUCUCCAAACGUUGGAACAUUCAAUGGAUCAUUCUGACCAGAUGGAGGACGAUGAGCCGGUACAGUUCGUCAGUGAAUCGCCCGGCGCUGCCGAUUUCAAUAUCUACGAAACAGCAUACAGGAAGGAACUAGAUCGCAUAAAGCACAACCUGAAAGACCGCGACACCGGCCCGAAGGUGUACCUGACUCGCGUCAUUGAGAAAAACAGCGACGAAGUGGUGAAACUGGCCAAAGAGAAGGAGUUGGAUCUUCAAACUGGGAACGAAUUUACUCCUUUUUCUCUGCCGAGAACAUCCCUAGGCUUCGGGCAUGCCGUUAACGCGGUACGCUCGCAGAUGCUGCAGAAAAGACAGGCCGGGGAGUUGGAGGAGCAGGGUGGGGAGGGAAGUAAAGAUAGAGGUUCCUCGCAGAACCGCGAGCUUCACCCUCAUCCUCCGAAACGUCUGUCCGUCUCAUCCCAGGCUCUACUUAAGCCUGAGCCGUCUUCGCUCGAGGCGACAGGUGUGUCGUCUACUGAGGGGAAAGAUUCCAAGGCCCAGCUGCGGCGGAUUCUUGAUCGGGUUCGUGGGAAGUCUGAUGGUGCAGAGUGA